AUGUUCGUCACUGACUCGUGGAAUCAUCAUAUUAUCCAAUGGAAGAUAGGUGAUAUGAAUGGACAAGUAAUAGCUGGUGGUCAUGGGGAAGGAAGUCAACUGAAUCAAUUGAAACAUCCAACCGAUGUGUUAAUCGAUAGAGAGACGAAUAGUCUCAUUAUCUGUGAUACUAGACGAGUCGUACGAUGGUCUCUUCAUAGUGGCACAAGACAAGGAGAAAUCCUCAUCGGCAACAUCGAAUGCUGGGGUUUGGCCAUGGAUGAUCAAAGAUACCUUUAUAUCUCUGACACCGACAAACAUGAAGUAAGACGAUAUCAAAUAGGAGGAACGAAUGGAACAAUAGUGGCUGGUGGUCACAGAGAAGGUGCUAGUUUCAAUCAACUCAACUAUCCGACCUACAUUUUUGUUAAUCAACAACAAACCGUCUACGUGUCAGACUGCAGAAAUCAUCGUGUGAUGAAAUGGGGAAAAGGUGCAACAGAAGGAAUUGUCAUUGCUGGGGGUCAAGGCGAAGGAAAUGCUCUAACACAAUUGUCGUUUCCUCAAGGACUGUUCGUUGAUACAUUGGAUACCAUUUAUGUGGUAGACUCAGGAAAUGAUCGAGUGAUGCGUUGGCAUAAAGGAGCGAAACAGGGUACUAUCAUUGUGGGUGGAAAUGGUUGGGGAGAAGGAGCAAAUCAGUUUAAGUAUCCCAUGGGUAUGUCAUUCGAUCAACACGGCAAUCUCUAUGUUGUUGAUAAUAAUAAUCAUUGUGUUCAACGCUUUUUUAUUGAAUAG